UGUCUAUGUAAAUAAACAUGGAGAUUGUGGCCCUUUUCUGGAUCCGGAGAAAGUUCAGCAGCUACCUGACCACUUUGGCCCAGGCCCCGUGAACGUGAUGCUGCGGCGGAUUGUGCAGGCCUGUGUGGAUUGUGCCAUUCAGGCUAAGGUUGUGUUUCUGUUUCUUGAGCCGGAUAAUCGUGGAGGAGAAGUGAUAACUGCCUCCUUUGAUGGGAAAGCCCAUGCUGUUCAGCUCCCUCCAGUGAAUAGCGCAUCAUUUGCACUUCGCUUUCUUGAAACUUUCUGCCACAAUCUACAAUGUGAUAAGUUAUUGAGUAGCCAGCCUUUCAGCUCUUCUAAGGCUCGUGCCCUUGCAGACCCUGAUAAGAACAAACCAGUAAAAGAGGAAGUAAAAGAAAAGAAAGGCCUCAAAAGAUCUCUUCCACAACCCGUACCUUUUGUACCUAAGGUUCCCAAAAGGACUGCACGUGCCUCUAAAGCUUCAAGUUAUAUAGCUGUACCUGACCCCAGUGUCCUGAAACAAGGCUUCUGUAAGGACCCUUCAACCUGGUCUGUGGAUGAAGUGAUACAGUUUAUGAAACAUACAGAUCCUCACAUAUCAGGCCCCCUCACUGACCUCUUCAGGCAACAUGAAAUUGAUGGGAAGGCUCUGCUGCUCCUCAGGAGUGAUCUGAUGAUGAAGUAUAUGGGGCUGAAGCUGGGGCCAGCAUUAAAACUAUGUUACUACAUAGAGAAACUUAAAGGGGUAAAGUAUAAUUGGAAAAAAGUGCAAGUUUAG